GUUCAAUGAGCAACGCCAGGAACACGUCAAAUCCAUAAGGCGAAAUAAGAGAAAAUCAAACAACCGCCGCCCACCACCUGCUCUCCUCGCCCCGCUUCCGUCGGAUCGAUGGGGUACCUGCCUUCACUUGGCAGCAAAGCGGUGCACUUGGUCUCCGACAUCACCACCGUCCUCCUCAAUCCCCUCUCCGCUGAUUCUUCCAGAUCCCAAACCCAAUCUGAAGAGGAUCUGGAAACUAUAAAUCCUGAGAAGGAAGAGACCGAGCAUAAAUCUGAAGCUCCAGAUGGACCUGAUACAUCAUCGUUUGCUGCUUUCUUAGUCUCUUUGUUGUCGUCUUCAAACCCAAGCAAUCAUCCUACUGGAGAUCGAAAUGACCAUUAUGCAGUAGCAGAAGAGAUGGCAUCAACAUCUGCACCCACUGAAAGUAGUGGAAGGAAGUCUUUAUUCACUAGAGUCAGGAGAACACUUGGAAAAGCUAUAAACAAGGCAGUCAAAAUCAGCGGAUUGAGUCAGAUUUCAGAACCAAAAGUUGAGAAUAGAGCAGCUAUUGAGCCAGAGUUGACUAGAAGCAACUUAACACCAGUUGCAGUGACAAGGGAUGAUACUUCGCACUUUGAUCUACCAGACAUGUCCGAACCAUCGAUGCUUCUCUCAGAUAAUAUGCGUGCUGCCCUAUACUUCUCAUUGCCAACAUUAACUAAAGGGUCAAAUUGGCUACUUCUUUACAGCACAUGGAGACAUGGGAUUUCUUUAUCGACUCUUUACAGGAGAAGCGCACUUUGUCCUGGUUAUUCUCUCUUGGUGGUUGGGGAUAAAACCGGUGCUGUUUUCGGUGGCUUAGUUGAAGCACCACUACAACCAACCAAUCAAAGAAAAUAUCAGGGAACAAAUAGCAGCUUUGUUUUCACUGAUGUAUCUGGAAAUCCUGUAAUAUUUCGGACUACCGGCACAAAUCACUAUUUCACACUUUGUUCCUCUGAUUCCUUGGCAUUGGGCGGGGGUGGUCACUUCGCACUAUACUUGGAUGGAGACCUGUUGAAUGGAUCCAGUUCUUCUUCAGAUACUUUCGGCAACUCCUGUCUUGCCCACAGCGAAGAGUUUGAGGUGAAGGAGAUUGAGUUGUGGGGCUUUGCCUAUGCUUCCAAGUAUGAUGAGAUGCUGGACUUGUGUCGAACCGAAAAGCCUGGAGUCCUCAGGUGGUGAACUUAAAUUGUUGUGAGUCGAAAAGAAUGCCAGAAAGGUUGUUGUUUUUGUUGAUUACAUGAAUUGAGUGUUUACAAUGUAAAUAUGCUUUUAAUGCAAGUACAAAACUCGAAUAAUACGUUACACACUCGUUCUUGAUU